GACAACUCCAAGGUGUAGGAUCUGGCCCAAAUUCAAAAGUCGACGCUCGUGCAACAAUUCAUUUAUACUUUAUGUUUCUGUGCCGACCCAUGUUGGUUUUAACACUUCUGUAAUCGUCAACUAGAAAUUAUUUCGAAACAUUAUCUUUUAUAUUUAUACAAAGGUUUGAAGAAUGUUUUAAACUGAAUUAUCUAGUUUAAGUUUUAAUGCCGAAUUUUCAGACAUCAUGGAAAAGGAAGAAAACACGACUAUCCCAGCAGUCUCUGAGCAGACGGUUUCAUUACCUGGUUCUAGCCGUGUCUUAAGAAAUGGACAGCGCAGAAGAUCCUUUUCUUUUUAUUCACCGAACCAGAGGUAUCAAACAAAUCUAUCUUUCCAGAAACGCCGCAAGAGGGAUACUGUUAAGACUAACAAACAGGAAAGAGUCAGACAAAAGACCUUGAGUGAUGCUAUAAACGAAUUGAAGGUACUGCUGAGGCCUUUAUGCCAGAAUAGCAAAUACUCUGUGCUGAAAACUGCAGUGAGUUACAUCAUAGAAAUGAGACAAAAGGUUGAGGCCUUGACCAAUUCCUUAGCAGAGCAGCAACGGGUGGUGAACAAACUGACUCAAUACUAUAACAGUUUAGACCAACUCAGCAAGAAGGAGUGCCAGUGUCCGGCCCAGCAUUGCAAACACCUUCAAGCCGUCCGUAGAAGUGUCUUUGGUCAGUCUAACCUGACGACAGCACCACCGAAUGAAGUGAAUGCAUCAAGUACUGACAAUUCUUCAGAAGUUCCUAGUCUACAAAGUGGCAAUGAUGGACCCACUGAAAAAGAGAGCAGCUUUCCUCGUGUGCAGUUGGAUCAAAGAAGUGCAACAAAUACUCAUACUUCGACAGCUUCUUUUAUGUACCCAAGCCGAGAGGUGGCGCUCGAUUUGAACUCAAGUGGAAAUGUCAAUUCCAGCAACGAUGCAAGCAAAUCUCUCUUUAUAAGGGAACCUUUGAGUCGGGCAGCGAGUCAGAGCAGCGAUUUAAACAUACAAACACCUGGACUAAUCAGCUCUGUAAAUGGUCAUUCUGAUCUCAGCAUGCAUGCAAAGCAAGGAUUAAAUUCAGCUAACAGAUUUCAUUAUGUCGGAUCUCAUAGCUCCGCAAGGACCAGUUUUUUGCCAUCGCCAUCGACAACAUCAGUUAAAGAAAGCGUCCCACAAAUUGGCGAUAACGACAGAACAGUUUCAGCGUACGGUCAGCAGCUAACAAAUGCAUCAUAUUUAACCUCGACUGCGGAACAUGCGAAUACGCCGAAACCAGAGCUGUUGAGGUCGAUACAACACAUGACAUGGGCUUCAGAUGUUCCAGCUUCAAGUAGAACAUCACAAUUACCAUCACGUGAGUCAAUGCCAACCACUUCAUCGGAUGUAUCGUCUUUUGAACCGCACACCACAACGACAUCGACGUUAGGCACACACACAGAGAUGUCAUCAUUGCCUUCACAUUUGAGAUCGUCACUCACGUCAUUCUCGCCACUGCAGAUGACAUCCUCGUUGACGCCACACACUUCGUCUAUCUUAGCACCGCACAACACAACGACAUCAAUGGCAUUACAGUCGACAUCAUCUGAGCGCCCAGACAUGACAUCGCCAUUGUCAUCAGAAUCAUCAUCUCCUUGGACAUCAUCAUCUCCUGUAUCAUCAUCAUCAUCGGAACCUGACAUGGAAUCAUCUGUCUCGCUACACUGGUUAUCCCCAAUGCCUCCGCAAAUGACAUCGCCAUUACCAUCUCACAUGCCAUCCUCUCAAGUAACAUCAUCAUUGGAACCUAACACGACAUCGGUAUUACAAAGGACAUUGCCCAUGCUUAACCAAAGGGCGUCACCUAUAAAUCGACAAAGGACAUCGCCCAUGUCACAACAAAGGACAUCGCCCAUGUCACAACAAAUGACACCGUCCAUGCCACGGCAAAUGACAGCACCCAUGCCACGGCAAAUGACACCGUCCAUGCCACGGCAAAUGACAGCACCCAUGCCACGGCAAAUGACACCGUCCAUGCCACGGCAAAUGACAGCACCCAUGCCACGGCAGAUAACAUUGCCGAUGCCAAGGCAAAUGACAAUGCCCAUGCCAAGGUCAAUGACAACGCCCAUGUCGGGGCAGAUGACAACGCCCUUACCAGGACAAAUGACAUUGACCAUGCCGGGGCAAAUGACAUCGUCCAUUCCAAGGCCAAUGACAACGCCCAUGCCAAGGCAAAUGACAACGCCCACGCCGGGGCAAAUGACAAUGCCUACGCCGGGGAAAAUGAGUACGCCCAGGCAGGGGCAAAUGACAACGCCCAGGCAGGGGCAAAUGACAACGCCCAGGCAGGAGCAAAUGACGACGCCCAGGCAGGGGCAAAUGACAAUGCACAGACAGGGGCAAAUGACAACGCCCAUGUCGGGGCAAAUGACAUCGCUACCAUUCACAUCACCGCACUUCACAUCUUCAUUGGAACAGCACAUAAAAUUCCCGCUGAGAGAAAACACUUCAUCAUUGCCACAAGCACAACACUUGUCAAUGCCACCUGCACAAUACGUGUCGAUGCCACCGGAACAAUACGUGUCGAUGCCACCGGAACAAUACGUGUCGAUGCCACAGGAACAACACCUGUCAUUGCCACCGGAACAAUACAUGUCAUUGCAACCGGAACAAAACGUGUCAUUGCAACCGGAACAACACAUGUCAUUGCAACCGGAACAAAACGUGUCAUUGCCACCGGAACAACACAUGUCAUUGCCACCGGAACAAUACAUGUCAAUGCAUCCGGAACAAUACGUGUCAUUGCCACCGGCACAACACGUGUCAUUGCCACCGGCACCAUAUUUUUCUAUGCCACCGGUACCCUAUUUGCCAAUGUCACCAGCAGAAUCCAUGCCGAAAUACGCGCCACAUUACAUAGGGACGCACUACACAACACACAUUAUUUGGCCACUGGAAUGACAAUGUCACCUGCAAAAUACAUUUCUUUGCCACCAUAAACAAAAUCGUCCUCGGCCUCACAUACAAAAGUUCCAUGUCCUGUACAUUCACAUCACAAGCCCCAAACAUCAUACCGAACAAUACGAAAGUUCCAUGUCCUGUACAUUCACAUCACAAGCCCCAAACAUCAUACCGAACAAUACAAAAGUUCCAUGUCCUGUACAUUCACAUCACAAGCCUUAAACAUCAUACCGAACAAUACGAAAGUUCCAUGAUGUCCUGUACAUUCGCCCACAUCACAAGCCCCAAACAUUUUACCGAACAAUACCAAAGUUCUUUUGCUCCCACUUCGAGAUAAUUUUUUGGAGACUGAGAUGCCCAACUUGUCGUCGUCGUACAAGACUACGCCCCUGGCAUUAUUCGUAACAUCACCACUGGCAUACAUCAUCAGUUGAGAUCGCCAGUGGGACAAUGGAGCAACUAUCUGAGCACAUCGUGUACAAUGCAACACAAAUGACACCAAGGCCAACAAUUUUGAUAUUAGACCAUGCACAAUACAUGAAUUUCAUACCUGACACCAUCUCCAGCAAACACACACACACACACGCCAAAAAUGGGAUUAAGAAGAAGCAAAGAACCAACGAAAUAGCUUCAACGAAAUUUCGAUCGACAGUACCAAAAAGUGCUGUUAAUAAAACGUGAAAAUUGCAUCUUCGCCAGUGUGACACAUCGCAGAAGCGUUUUAACCAUAAUAAUCCCAACGAAAGAGUGCCAACUUCAACACACAUUCUUGUCUUUAUUUUCAUAUUGGCACUUUCAAGGACGUCCAAAAAUAUAACGUAGGGGGCAGCAACUUGCAAUAUUAUUACGAUUACUAACUCAACAUGAGAUCCUUCCUUAAUUUUAGUUUGAUAUAAAUACUCAAACCAGGGUAACACUACUUAGCUAUAUUAAUAACAUGCUAUAUACGACUUCAGAUUAGUUAAUCACCUUAUACUUAUAGCAAUGUUUUUUUCUUCUAUUUAGUGUACUACUAUAUAAUGAGUUUUUAAAUUGGGAGACUUUUUUUACCAAAAUUUUUGUAAAUGUCAUCUUUUUUUAAAUUUAAUUUUUACUGUGGUUGUUAUUAAGGUAAUACAUACUGAUUAUGUCAAC